GCCAUGGUGAGGAGGACAACCCUCCUCACUUGUCCUCCCCCUCAACAUCCGUUUGCCCCCCCCCCUCCACUCUCUCUCUCUCUGCCCUUUUCUCUCCCCCCUCUCCUCCCGCCUACUGGAUCGCCACCCUCCUCCCAAAUAGUGAGAGAGGGAGAAACAGCGAGUGAGAGAUGGCCUUUCGGGACAAGUUCCGGAAGAACUCCUCCCUGCGAGAUCUCUCGGACUUUCUGCCCGUCACCCAGGUUGAUGAUGUCUUUUUCUUCCGAAACCCCCUCUCCAAGCAUCCCCUGGCCAAGGGGACGCUCUUGCUGAACCGGCACCAUCUUUCCUUCAUCUCUCCCAACUACCAUGCGAAGAUCCUCUACACCAAGAUGUUCCACAUCACCUCGCGCAGCAAGAGCCCCAACGACGGAUCCAAGUCCGCCGACCGGCACUACAUCAUCACCAUCCACUCGCGGGACUACCUGGUCUACUCGAUCAUCCUGCCGGAUGGCGUGGACCGGGAGAACUUUUACCAGACGCUGAUCAGCUAUCGACCCGCCUCCUUCCAAAACUACCCAGCGCUGGCCCAGUCCGAUGGCGGCACUCCGCGUGCCGGCCAUGUCACCCCUACCGGCACCUUUGAUGAGGGCUGGAAGAUCUACGAUCCCCACAGCGAAUAUCGCCGCAUGGGCGUCGAGACCGUGUCCAAGAUGUGGCGCAUUUCCAGCCUCAACGACGAGUACAGUCUCUGCGACACAUAUCCCAAGGUCAUCGCCGUGCCUGCCGAGGCCAGCGAUGCCAUCCUCGAGGGGGCGGCCAAGUUCCGCAGUCGCUGCCGGCUGCCAAUCCUCAGCUACCUGUAUCUGCCGAAUGGAGCCUCCAUUUCUCGAAGCAGCCAGCCUCUGGCCGGGCUGGCCAGUGUGGGCAAGCGCUCGACCGCCGACGAGACCCUCGUGUCAAUGUACUUCUCGGCGGCCGAGAAGGACCGCGCGCAGCGCCUGCCCGGGUUCACCCUGCCCGGUGGGGCGACUGGCACGCAGAACCACAUCGUCGACGCCCGGCCCCGGGUCAAUGCCAUUGCCAAUGCCGCCAUGGGCAAGGGGUUCGAGCAGCCGGACUUCUACCAAAACUGCACGCGCGAGUUCCUGGGCAUCGACAACAUUCAUGUCAUGCGCGAGUCGCUGGACAAGCUGCUUGCCGGAGUCCUGCAAUCGGAUCAAAGCAUCUCCGGCUGGUAUGGCGCCCUGGACAGCAGCGGGUGGCUCAAGCACAUGCAAAUCAUCAUGCGCGGCACGCUGAAGAUGGUCCGCUAUGUGUUGGAUGGCGGGAGCAUCCUGGUCCACUGCUCGGACGGGUGGGACCGGACGGCCCAGCUGGCCGGCCUAGCCGAGGUGUGCCUCGAUCCGUACUACCGAACCCGGCGUGGCUUUGCCGUGCUGGUGGAGAAGGAGUGGCUGGCGGCCGGGCACAAGUUUGCCCACCGCAUUGGCCACAGUGUCUAUGGCAAGGCCAGCUCCCAGUAUUCGGAGGUGAGCCCGGUGUUCAUCCAGUUCCUGGAGGCCGUGUGGCAGUUGAGCCAGCAGUAUCCCCAGUCUUUCGAGUUCACCGGGACCUGGCUUCGGGCGCUCUGGAGCAAGGUGGUCGGCUGUGACAGUGGGACCUUCCUGUUCAAUUGCGAGCGCGAGCGCCACCAGCAUGGGCUGCCCACCGGAUCGCCCUCAGCCUGGGCCGAGCUCCUGUGGCCGACAUCCGACUGGCUGGACUUCGUCUACACCAACCAGUUUUACCAGGCCCCGGCGAGCUUGGACCCGAUGGCCGGUCGCGGCUCGGCCGACGCCCCGCGCAUCCUCCUCCCCCAGACGGCUCCCCAUGGGAUCCGCUUCUGGCGCGAGAUGUAUGCCCCCUUCGAGGAGGAGCCCUUGGCGUUGGAUUUGUUUGUCCCGUGCGUUCAGACUCCCGGCGGCUACAAGCCCACCUGGGGCCCAAGCCACCGGAUCAACAUCUGGAACAAUGCCACCUUCGACUUGCGCAAGAAGAUUGCCGCGGCCGAGCGCGAGCUGGCCGAUCUGCGCCGGGCGGCCGCCGGUACUUCCCCCGGAUCGGCCGGCGAGUCGGUGGCCGAUGACACCGAUACCAUCUCCGCGUCUACGACUCCCUCCAGUCAGUAUCUCUCGGAUGACCUUCAUCAAUACCCGGAAACCGGGACGCUGGACUCCGAUGAUGUUCCGGGCACGGUGGACGAGACCAAGAUCGAGACGGCAGUUGACUCGGAUCCCGAGUCGCCGGACCUCUCGGAGUGAGGGUGCCGGGUUCUGCCUUUCUGUGUCUGCCUCCCCCCCCCCCCCUCCCCC